AUGGGAAAAUUGAGGAUAGGUGGGGCAUGGAGUGGAGUACUGGAAGUAGAACUUGAUGAAUGGAUAGUGGCCACUUUGAGAGAAGAAGUCGCGAAGAAAUCAAGCUUAGUUGGGCCACAGUGCAUAAACCUGAUAUCUGCAGGCAGAGUUUUGAGAGAUGGUGAUGGUACUGAGAAAUUGAGUCAAUUGGGUGUAAAAAAUAAUGCCAAGAUUUUGGCUUCAAAGGUUUCGACUGAUCAAGAAGGGAAGUCUCUUAAGGAGGAGUUUUUAGCUGAGGAGCGUUCGAAGAGACUCUCCCGGCUCAAGGCUGCAGCCACUUCACUGGCCAGUAGACAUGCAGAUGGUUCAUUACCAGUUGAAGACUUCAACCUGGAGCUGGAAAAUCAGAGUGGAGAGAAAGUGCAAUUGGGAUCUGAGACUGACCAACGGGUGGUAAUGAUGGGACUCAUGCUUCAUGCAAAUGCAAAAGCACUGAUAAAAAGGCAACGAUACAAAGAUGCACUAGAAGUGCUCACCAUAGGAGAGGAGGCAUUCUCUCUGUGCAAUCACAAGGUCAUUGAGAUGGUUGACAACGUUUCAAUUUUACAAAUAGACAUGGUUUGGUGCUAUUUUAUGCUCCAUGAUAUCAGUUGGCUUUCAGUAGCUGGUAUUCGCCUUACAAAAGCUAGAGAAGGGAUUGAGCAUGCUCAUGGGAAAGAAUCUAGUCGCAUGAGGGCUCUCCAAGGAGGCCGCUGUCCAGAGCUUGCCCUGUACUUGAGGCUGCAGCUGUUGGAAGGAGUGAUUGCAUAUCACAAUGGACAGUUGCAAAAGUCCAAGGAAGCCCUGACUGCUGUACAAGCUAAAUACACCCAGCUUCAAGUUACAGACGAAACAUUGUCGCUACUAAUGAGCAUGGGCUACAAAGCACGUGAUGCAAAGAGGGCCCUUCGCAUGAGCAAUCAGGAUGUUGGUAGCGCUGUUGAUUUUCUUGUUGAGGAGAAGGCAAAGAAGGAGCAAAAACGUGAGGAGGAUCAUAGACGACAACAAGAGAUUCUGGAGCAGAAGAAAUAUGGAAUGACUCCUCUUCGAAAACCUGUGGAUCUACAAAAACUAAAUGAAUUGGUCUCUAUUGGGUUUGAGAAAGAACUUGCUGCUGAAGCCCUUCGAAAAAAUGAAAAUGAUACUCAGAAGGCUCUGGAUGACUUAACGAACCCCGAAACAAAUUCGGUGAUGCAGAUUGAUGUUGAAUGAAGGAAAAAGAAAAGGUUGCUUCGAGCAAUACCCACAGCGAAUGAAGAACUUGUAUCCAUGGGUUUCCCUCGAGCAAUAGUGGAUGCAGCUCUUCGCUGGUUUGGUACACAAGAACAAGCACUAAACCAUUUACUUGGACAACCCAAUGCAAAUGCAGUAGUAGCUGGUGCAAAUCCUUCAGUUCAAUCGCUAAACAUCUAUGGUUUAGAUGCUGGGCAAGGCUUAGAAACGAGUUUGGAAGAAGACGGUGGUGGUCCAUCAAAUAGGGAGGAAGUCGAGGAUCGAGAUGCAGAAAUGGAGGAUGAACUGACUGGGGAAUUGCAGAAAGGAGAUGCGUAUUCAGAUUAUGACAUUGAUAUUACCCUGGAAGGUGAAGCUAUAAAUGAGUAUUUGGCUAAACUUGCUGGCUGA